AUGGCGGACUUUGAACUGAACCAAGCGCUGCUCCAAGAGCUGCCGUACCGCCAUGGUCACCGCUCUUCGGCGCACCAGGACCUACCACUGCAACCGACAAUCUCAGAUCCGGCACUCUCUGGCUCGGAGAACAAGGGCGCCACCCUUCUUAACCUCCCACCAGAACUCCAAGCAGCUAUCUUCUCAUGGCUUUUCAGGCCAGCCGACCUUGCACGUGUCUGCCUCGUUUCGAAACAGUUGUUUGACGUUGUCACGCCCCAGUUGUACCACUCCUUAUAUCUGAACGUCGAUCGUUGGAGCAGGGAGCAUCUUGAAUCUGUUCUCACCCGCGGACAUCGUGGCCAUGCCUACAUCCGGAACCUGGACAUCGAUUCCGUGGAGCUAAAGAGUGAAAGGAGGGCGCUGAAGGUUGCGAAGGAUGCUUUGCAGAUGAUUCCACGUGGGCAAUUGCAAGCAUUCAGAUGCCCGCUCGAGACAGGCAUUGACAAUGAUUUGCUGAUCCUGCUGGCUGCCAACCAACGGAAUCUAUCAUUCAUUGGACUUGGACCGAUUCUGCCUGAAGCCUUCUACAGCCUCAUGGAGUGUUUGCUGCCGUGGCCUCCGAACAUCUCCACUAUCGUAAUACCAUGGAAACUCUUCAACGAUGAGGAUGUUCAAUUCUACCAGAGGCUCAUCGAGAGAAGUCAUCACCGACUGAAAGCACUUACAGUGCGUGCUCACGACUUCCCGCCGCUGAGAUGGGACUACUCACAGGAUCCACCGGCAUUGAGCGAUGUCGAUGGCGAUACCGAGAUGCUGGCCUGCUCUCUUCUCCACCAUCUGUCCUAUUACUCCAUCUAUCCUCGCACGCUACAGUUGCACGAUCUGAACCUGCAGAACCAGGAUCUAGCUGGCGUGACAGAGACCUGGCUGAUGUAUGUGGACUUCACGAAGCUUCAAACCAUGCAAAUCUGGAACUGCGACAAUGCCGACGUACUAUUGGAGGCGCUUGAGAAGAUGGCCCAACACCAGCGGCUACGGUUGCACGGAUUAGUGCUUUCGUUCGAAGAAGCAGAGCAAGCACCACAGCGGGCGCAGCAGUAUCUGGCGGCGACUUCUGGUCUGAGCUAUCUCAAUCUGUGCUAUGUGCCAACCUUCUCCGCCAACCAAAGCUUUUCUGUGCGAAGCAUAGCACCGCAUGCGAGCACGAUUCGGGACCUUUUCAUCGGGAUUGGAUCGAACAUCACUAGAAACACGCCACUGUCACUGCCACGUCUUUCAGAUAUCGAGUGGCUCGCUUCAAACUGCACAAAGCUCAGGCAGCUGGCAAUCCCACUGCCGCCAUUGAACACGGACGAUGCUUUGGCAGGCCGGUGGGGUGAGUAUGAAGAGAUUCUGGCUCUACUGGCAACACUGCCUCAUCUGAAGGUAUUCCGAAUCCUCACAUGGCCGUACAUCGCCGGGCGACCUUUGCCUCCACGAGACAACUGUGGUGCCCAAGAUGCUUUCAAGGUCCGAUAUCUACAUGAGCUUCGCAUAAUCGCAAGCAGCAUCGCCCGCCUCUUUACCCGCCUCCGCGGAGACCAUGGUCGGAGACUCUCGGUCAUCACAUUCGGACACGCAGAGUAUCCGCACUACAUAUAUCAUGGGAACGGCGAACGGAUUCAGUCGUUUGGUACACCUCUUACCUUCAAGAUCACUCGAGUGAUGUCGGAGUUCGGCUUUCGGACCAAGGUCAGGCAGAUACCGGCGGAUCAGAUGGAGUACGAGGAGCCGAUUGCGUAUGUGGUUGAUGAAGACACGGACCAGGGACUGAGCUUGGAGGCGUACUCGUGGGGCAGUCGGCCGAGUGAGAGUCCAUGA